AUGAAAAUAUGUGUUUUAUUCCUCUGGAUUGUUUUGCAUACGAAAUGUUUGGCAUUGAAAUCCAUACAUCUAACAAUUGUCGUCUGUGGGGAUCGACUUGAUGAAGCAUUAACUAGUUUGAAAUCUUCGUUAAUAUUUACACCUGGACCACUUAUUUUCCAUAUAUUUACUGAAGAUCAUUUACGAGAAGAAUUUCGUGAAAAAAUUGAUUUUCAAUGGCCACUGGAAUAUAAAUCAAAAUUUCAAAUAGAAUUUUAUUCGAUUCAAUUUACACGUGGAAAUGAUGAACGUUGGAAAGCAUUAUUCAAACCAUGUUGUACACAAAGAUUAUUUAUUCCAGACAUUUUAAAACAUAUUGAUUCAGUUGUGUAUACCGAUACAGAUACAUUAUUUUUAACUAAUGUAAGAAAUCUAUGGCGCCAUUUUCGAAAAUUCAACACCACGCAAUUAGCAGCAUUAACGCCGGAACAUGAGGAUCUAUCGAAGGGAUGGUAUAAUCAAUAUGCAAGUCAUCCUUAUUAUGGUUCAAUGGGACUUAAUUCUGGAGUGAUGUUAAUGAAUUUAACCCGUAUGCGUGAAGUUGACAUGAUCAGUAAAUUAAUGAAUAUUUUUGAUGAAUUUCAUUUAUAUAUCAGAUAUGGUGAUCAAUGUUUAUUGAAUAUUUAUUUUCAUUCUUAUCCUGAACAAAUGUAUGAGCUUACAUGUGAUUGGAAUUAUCGUCCAGAUCAUUGCAUUUUUGAAAAUAAUUGUGCGGCAGCAAAAGAUCAUGGCAUUCAAAUUGUUCACGGUUCUCGGAAUGUAUUUCAUACUGAUCAAUUCAAAGAAUUUAAAGCUAUUUAUGAAGUUAUUCAUCGAUGGAAAUUUGAUUCCAAUCUAAAAUCUUCUCUCUUAUCAGAAAUUCGAACAAAGUUACGGCCUUUUUCGAGAACAAAUUGUGGCAAAACGUCACAUUUAUUCACCAAACAUUUAUCAAAAGAAGUUUUAUCGUUAACUUCUUCAUUGAAAAAAACAUUUCAUCUUGCUUUUAUUGUUAAUCAAAACUGGAAUUCAAUUGAACAACUAUCUAUUACUCUUAAAUCUCUUUCAUUCUUUUCUUCAAAUCAAAGUCAACGACAUCUCCAUAUCCUUACCACUGAUCUUCAAGUAAAACAAUUUCUGUCUCAACAAAUUGAAUCAAUAGGUUACUCAAUCACAUAUUACAAUACAACAAUAGAACACCCAUUCCAUCUCUGGAAAAUUAUAAAUAUCGAUCGUGUUGUUUAUUUCAAUUCGAAUAUUAUUUUUACGAACUCAUUGGAAAAAAUUUGGGCUUUAUUUAAUAAUUUUAACUUUGAACAAGCCAUUGGGAUGUUCGGGCAAUGUCAUAUUUCAGCUUCAAUGAAUAUGUUACUCCUUGAUUUAAAUCAAAUGAGAAAAUUGAAUGUGAUUUUCGAUGGAAUGAAACAAAUACCGACAAAGAAUGUGUAUUUCAUUCCAUGUGAAUAUAUACUUGAUCCGGAUCAUUGUCAAUCGAUUCCGAAUGCACUAUUUCUAUCGAAUUCGAUCGAUGAAAGAUUAUUUCGAGUUUUAUAUAAAUUAAUCAAUCAAAUUGACUUACAAAAAACGAAUGAUUUAAUUGUGAAUGAAAUCAAUAGUAUCGAUAAUUUACCAUGCCGAAGUGAACUUGCUGAAUUAUUUUCAACAAAUAAACAAAAAUAA